CAGUUAUAUUAGACUCUGCAUGUGUAAUUCUUAAUUUUCAACUAAAUGGCCCUCUAAUUGUAACCUUUUUGCUUUUGUGAUGCUCAGUUCGUACGUUGAAUUCUUGAAUUCUCUUUGCUAUUAGCAGGUAUAGUAUUAAAAAUAAUAAGAGGGGAAAGAUACAACUCCUUGUAAAUAUGUUAUUGCUGGCUUUUUAGGUGCUUUUGUGUUUUGUGCUAUUGCUGCUCGAUGGUUCAGGAGCCCUAGAUGGACAGUAAGGUGUUGAAAAUUCAAUCUGCCUUUUAUUUCUUUUCUCUUCAUAUUGAUUGAAAUAUACAUGCAAACCCCUUGAACAAAUUGAGGUCUCUUAUUCAUAUGCCAGCAACUAAGGUACUAUCUAAGGUACAAGAUCUGUGUAGCCAUUGUGGAUGGAUAAAUCUAUUGGCUCAGUCUAACCUUGUUUGCAGAGUAUAAAUAUUAAUUUUAGAAAUAUUUUCUUUUUGCCACCUUCAUUUUACAUGAGUGGAGACAUGUAGGAAUAAAUUCCUACAUAAAUAAAUAAAUGUAGGAAUAAAUUCUUUUUUCUUUGUUCCUUUUAAAUUAAUAAACAGGAUAAACAGCUGUUUAAAGGAUGCUUUCUGCUAAGAAAAUGUUAAAACUUUGUGUUUCAUGAAAUGUGGUUUGCAGCUUCUAUCUUCAGAAUAAAUGGAAAUCAAGAAAAGAUUAAUCCAUAUUUUCAAAUAUAUUAAAAGUGAACAGCAGUUUCUUCAUGAUGUGGCCUUCAUAACUAAUGCAUGUUUUAUAGUUGGAUAUCUAUAUCUUACAAAUUGUCUUAUAGGAAAUUGCCCUAAAUAUACACAUGGUAAGUAAACAGACCUGAAUUCCUAAAUGUAUUUUGCUAGAUUAUGAGCUUUCUGAAUGUAAUGGAACUUAACUUUUUAGUGUAUGUGUAUUUACAUGCAUACAUUCUUUUAUCAUUGCUCCUACCAUUUUGAGAAAAAAACCUCCACUGUGAUAAUCUAAUCAUAAGAAGAAGGCUUUCUUUUUGAAAAAAUCUGAUAAGAUACAUUUCCCAAGUUGACCAGCUUUUCCAUUUCCAUUCCACUAUACCAGUGGUUCUCAACCUUUCUAAUGCUGCGACCCAUAAUACAGUUCCCCAUGUUGUGGUGACCCCCAACCACUUAUACAUCACCGGGUGCCAGGGGCGUAGCCAAAGAAAAGGAGAAAAAAAUGGCGGACAGCCUUGUUUGGCGAUCCCCGUAAAAUGGUCAUUCGACCCCAAAUGGGGUCCCAACCCACAGGUUGAGAACCACUGCACUAUACUUUAUUGAUACAUAAUAUUGCCCUUUCCUUGAUAAGUUUCUAUCGGGACUUAAUUUGAUAAAUUAGCAAUAUAUAUGUGAUUGACUACCUGAGUCUACAUUCAAGAUCUGGAUAACAUGAACUGAGGUGCCAGGAGUGAAAAGUAUGGAACAGUAUGACUGGGAGUGGGCAGUUGCAAAAACCAUCUGGAGGAGCCUUGAAGGUUGAUGAAUUAUACCCCUAAAGCCAUUUUGUGCCUUUUUCCCUUAAAGCUUGGCAACUUUUCAGUGUAAUGAUAUUAGUAAGAUUAUAAAAACAAAGUUCCUUGAGCACAGAGCCAUGUGUAAGACAGGGCAACUUGACAUCAGCCUUAAAUUAACUAUUUGGUGGUGCAAUAUAUAUAUAUGUGACAAUAGUAUAAAUAAGGCAAGCAAAAAAAAAUUUCCUAAAUCCCAGUGCACAAUAAUUUUUUAAAAAUGUGCCUGGAAGUAAAGGUAAUGUUAAAGGAUAAUUAAAAAGUAUGAGAAUGGGUUUAAAUUUUGUACUAAGCCAUUAUUUUCUAACCAUGAUUUCUGAAAGAAGCCAGAAUUUGCAGAAGUCACACAAUAUACGAAAUAAAAACUAUGUUAUUACUUAAAUAUGAAUCCAUCCAUCCACCAUGUAUGAUAUACAAUUCAGGCUUCACACAUACUGCUAAGCCAUAGCUUGUUUUAAUAAGCCAUUAUGGCCUGGUUCAUAUGCAAUACUAAGCCAUCAAUCAUGCUUUUAUAAGCCACAAUUACUGGGCUAGCACACCAUAUUAAGCUAAAACUAAAAUCACCUUAGGGCAUAGAGUUAGUGAUGUGUCAACCCAGGCUUUUGAUGUACAGGUUUGCUCUUACUAUGAAAAAAGGAAGCUACCUCAGCAAGUACUGAGGGAUAAGGAUUUGGGAAGAUGCGAGGUCAGAGUUGUGUGCACCAAGUGAUGGCUCCAAGGCCUAAGCUAUCUUGGUUAUUUUGGGGUAUUGAUGAAUAUUGCCUCAUUGGUAGUGCUGAAACAAGAUGCAGCCAUCAAUUUGGUCAGCUGAUGUCUGUUGAAUAAAGAGAUGCCAUCUUAUCUUUUCCUUCAGGCAGCAAAAUGUAUUGCACCAGCUUUGUAUGAGUGAUUUUUUUUUUGAGGGUCCGACUCUGAUAUACUGAGAAUAGUACAUUAUUAGUAUUCUGUUUUCUAAUGUGUGUUGACUGCCUUCGCUUCUCCGUGUUUGUUUGAUUGUUUCACUGUAGUUGCCUAUAAUAAAUGUUUGGAACAAGUGCCAUUUUUAAGCUGUAUGUUUGCUCAAAGACAAUCAUGCUGUUAUGAGGCCUAAACAACAACAAAAUAACAUCUGCAUAGGGAAGCCCCCUUCCUCCAAUCUCCCAGGAUUAGGUAACCCAACCCCCAACCCCAAAAUGAAUAUUGUUAGGCUUAGACUUCACAAAAUGGAGAGGCAUCUUUUAAACUAGUGUUUUUCACCCACAGCAACUUUAAAAUGUGCGGGCUUCAACACCCAGAAUUCUCAUGCUGGCUGGGGAAUUCUGGGUGUUGGUCCACAUAUCUUAAAAAUUGCUGAUAUUUAAACAACAUUCUGAAACUGGCAGUGUUUCAGUCCCUACUUGUUACUAUAAGAAGGGAAACUAUCUCUUCAUCAUCUUUGCAUUCAAUCACCUGGUACUGUUAUUACCUAGCUGCCAUGGGCAAUAGACCUUUACAUUCUCUGCUAAUCUAGCUUGUCUUUUUCUAAUUAAGCUUUACUGCAUCUUGUAGAAACGAAUUUCAACACAUUUUUUUGAGUAAAGGACAAGAAUUGGAAAAUGUUUGGAGCUGACCCUGAGCUUGAGUAAUACAGUCAGGAUAAGGUUAAAAGAGUUCUACCUCAUUUAUUAUAGGUUAACUUAAUGCAAAAAUACAUUGAGUAUUAUCUCUGACCAAGAAAAGGAAUUGGAUGAUACGCUUCAGGAUAGCUUUAUUACAUUUCACCCCAAUAAACACUUUGUAGAACAUGUUUAAUGGCAGUGUUUAAUUAUAUGCACAGGUGUCUACCAUUUGUCCUGUGAUAAGAAUUUUUAUUUAUUAAUUUACAAUAAAAAAGAUUGCUUUCUUUCUUUCCACAGCUAAGAUGGCCAUAUUCAAAUGGCUUCAUAUUCAAAGAAAUGAACCUUUUUGACAAUUCGAUAAGUUCUUCUAAUGGUCAGAAGGUCACCAUCCCUUUCACCCUAUUCCAGAUACCAGUGAUGUUGCUCUAUGUGAAAUCUGUAAAUCAUGCUAUGCCCAUAAAGAGAUUCACAAUGUAGUUUGUAAUUAAAAUGUGUCUCUUCCAUUUUUACCUAUUGUAAAGCAAAAAUAACUCUGCCUGAUAUAUUGCAGUAUUCUUCCAUCAGUGUUGCAUAAAUAAUGGCACUGAUGCAAAACUUUUAAGUUAUGACUUACAAGCCAUCUUAUGUAAACAGGCAAUACUGAUAUUAUUUUCAAGUUUACAGUAAACAUAGUGGUACAGGAAGAAAGGAAAUGUGUGUUUUAGAAACAUUAACUGGCACUAUGUUCAGAAGAUUUAAUCAUGGAUUGUCUCCAUUCCUGUAUGCUACCAUUUACUUUUAUGUGUAUUGCCUAUCAAUACUAUUUUUAUAUAUAAAAGCAAUAUUUCAUCUAACUUUCAUAAGGAUUUGUGUGAUGCUAGUGUCCAUGCACUAACACAAAAUAGCACGCUCCACUCUUCAACUACAUUGUCUUGUUCCAUGAUGAAUGUGCAAGUAUACUUCAAGGUUUUAUACUGGGAAAUUUCAUGUAUUUCGUUUUCAGCCAAGACAGGUAAUAUUCUUCCACAGAAGUCAUCUCUGAGGAUGUAACGUGUACGUGUAUUUGUAUGGAGAGAAAAUGCCUCUGUUCUUGGUCACACAAAUAAUUGACCCAGAUUGCCACAAUUAGUCAUACUCAAAAGGCAUUCAUUAUGAAUCUUUCAUUUAGAGCAAAUGAGAAAUUCUUGUCAUUUUCCCCACAUGCUUACAUUUCUCUUGAGACAAGAAAAACGGGGGCUUCUUUUGCUCUUAUUUAGAGAAAGUAAACAGUAUUGGCACAGAGGAGGAAGAGGAGGAGCAGCAGCAAUAGCAGCAAACUCAAGUACACUUGGAUAUUGAUGAUGGGCCUUAUCACUUGACUUAUACAACAAUCCUUGAUAUCUGCCUUGUUAUGUAAUGUUUCCGCAGCCUUCCGAAUUCUGAUUUGAUUUUACAUAAUAAGUAAAGGAAUACAGUUUUGUAUUACAUAGCCAAAUUAUUUGUAGUGGCUGCUUAAUUCCUAGACCUAUCAUUGUAAGUCACCUAUGUUCAAGAAAAAAAAGCAUCUAUUCUGUUGCAUGCCAGUCUCUUCCAGUGAGAACAUUAUGUUACAAAGCAAGAUCUGGUUCUGGCUGGUUGUCGAUGCUGCAAACAUGUUGGAUCUGUAUGUUGCAACCCCAAAAUAAUCCAACCCACAACAUCAGCAAGUUCUUGUACGGAUGCAUUUCUUCCCUCCUGUAGAAUUUGCCACCCAUUCUAUUGGGUAGUGAGGUUACUUCACAAGCUGCAAUCUUUUGUGAGCUGUGUGAUUUUAUGUCAAUCCUGCUUUCUCGCAAGACGUGCAGGUGAUGCUGAAGAUCAGAUGUUGCUGGCAGAAGAGCAGCCUGAUUUGGUUGAUUCUCUUGAUCUCCAAUGCAAAGGGAACUCUAACAAUAGUCAUUGCUCUAGAAAAAACAGUCUUCAAGAGAAGGGAGAUGAGCAUUCAGUCCAUGAAAGUCUGGAUUACUUGCCUUCACACAGUAACAUUUAUAAGAAGUGGCUGCAGGAGCAAGCCUACAGAAUGGAUUGGGAUCGAUGGUUGGUGAUGGGGACGAUUGGAACAGCAAUCGGAAUUCUGGGUUUCCUGACUCACCAAAUAAUUGAUUACCUCAUCAAAUUAAAAUGGGGCCUGGUGGAAGACUAUCUUCAGAAAGGCAACUUUCACAUGGCCUGGAUUUACAUGUUGGGAAUUGGACUUGCGAUGAUCAUUUUAUCAUCAGGAUUAGUUGUGUUCUUUUGUCCAACAGGUGCCCCAAGUGGAUUACCUGAAGUCAUUGGUUUUCUGAAUGGAGCUUCUAUUCAGCAAAUUUUUAAUAUUAGGACUUUUGCAGGAACAUUUGGCUCUUGUGUUCUAGCUGUAGCAUCUGGAUUCUUCUGUGGACCAGAAGGUCCUAUGAUUCAUUUGGGGGCAAAUAUAGGUUAUGGAUUGAGCCACUUCAGACCAAAGAUUCUUAGAAUUUAUUUUCCUUCCAUCAUCAGAUUUUGGAAUACAGUUGACAGAAGGAAUUUUGUUACAGCUGGUGCAGGAGCAGCACUUGCCUCUGUAUUCCAUGCUCCUGUGGGUGGACUUUUAUUUACACUAGAAGAGGUGGCCUCUUUCUGGGAUAUCAAAUUGGCCUGGCAAACAUUCUUCUGCUGCUUGAUGGCUGCUUUCAGUUCAGAUUUAUUAUCCUCUUCUCUCUAUGGGUUCGUAUACAGGGGUCAAUUUGGAUUUUUCAAAGCAGAGAAGAGGAUUUUAUUUUGGGUAAAGAACUUACUGGAUAUGAGCGUGUUGGCCUUUCUCCCAGCCAUCUUUCUUGGAAUACUUGGGGGUCUUUUAGGAGCUUUUUUUGUUUUCCUGAACAUAAGGAUUAAUAAAAUACGUCUGUGGUUCUUCAGCACAAUUCAAAAACCAUCCCUCAGAAAAUGUAUCAAGCUUCUCGAAUGUAUCCUGAUCCUUAUUUUGACUAUUACUGCUACGGUCUACUUGCCAUAUUUUUUUCACUGUACUCCUGUCAGGAGGCUGCCAGCAUCUGAUCUAACUAGUAAGUCUCAGAGCAGACAUCAUCUUAGCUGGCAAAUAUGCAAAUAUAACUGUAAACCAGCCACUUUACAAGAUAGAUCAAAUGAAACAGAAUUUUUCAACCAAACCUUCAAUGAAGCUGCUGCCCUCCUGGUAGAAAAUGGCAUGAAAGGAAUCAUGUACUUAUUCAGACGUGGGACUCAUGAGGAAUUUGGAUAUCCCUCUCUUUUUAUGGCACUUCUUCUCUAUUUCUUGUUGUCCUGCUUGACUUCGGGCUCUGCUGUUGCAAGUGGCUUGGUUAUACCUAUGCUAUACAUAGGAGCUUUAUAUGGGAGAAUUGUUGGCUUGGUAUUAGUUUCCAUUUUUGGAAUUCAGACUGAUGAAAGUCAUGCAUGGAUUGAUCCUGGAUUGUUUGCUGCAAUUGGAGCAGCUUCCUUUUUCAGUGGAGUUUCAAGACUAACAAUAUCCCUUACAGUCAUCAUGGUAGAGAUCACAAAUGAUGUACAAUCCUUGUUACUCAUCAUGCUGGCUGUCAUGCUAGCAAAAAUGGUUGGUGACUGGUUUAACAUGUCUUUGUACAGUUCUUUACUGAAAUUAAAAAGCAUACCAUAUCUAGAUGUUGAACCAUUUGCCUACGAGAAUAAAAAUGGGUUAAAUCUGGAAUUGUUUGCUGCCAAAGAUGUCAUGAAGCUUCAUGUCAGAGUCUUCAACUUAAAGGAAAACAUUGCUUUCUUGGCUCAGGUCCUUGCCAGCACCAGCCAUUGUGGAUUCCCAGUGGUUUAUAAAUCUAAACCAGAGCAGUCCAAGGUGUUUCUGGGAACAAUUACAAGGCCUGAGCUCUGUAUGCUACUGGAAAAUGAGACCAUUUUUGAAAUGGAAGACACUGAGUCCCAUCCACCUCUUCUGCCCUAUCAGAAGAUCAGAACUGAAAAACUACCCAAUCAGCAGUGGGUGACUGCUAUGUUGGCUUACUAUACUACAGACCCUCGGUAUCAGCAACUCUUCAUCAAUCUGGAUCCAUAUGUAAACAAAUCAGCAGUAUCAGUUCAAGCUCAUUUCUCACUGCAACGCACAUACAUCAUAUUUCGGUCUCUGGGUCUUCGUCACUUAACAGUAGUUGAUUUGCAAAAUAAAGUUGUUGGCAUAAUCACUAGGAAAGAUCUGAUAUCCUUCCAAGUAGAAAAGAAACUGGGAUCCCAGAAAGCAUCAUCCCAACCUCACUCAGAUGAUGCGCUUUUAGACUAGGAAAUACCUCAAAUGAAGAUUGAACUAAUCAUCAAACAUUAUUGUAUUCUUUUUUUGGUGAUAGUGGUGGUGACAGUAGACUUAACAUUUUUUCAUAAUGAAUGAAAGAAAUAUAUAAAUUGUUUAUAUUUGAAGAUCUUAAAUUGUACUUUUUCAGCUCAAAUUAUACCUGGCUAAUGCUCAAUUCCCACUGUAACUGUUUUACAACAAAUGAAUGAAUGAAUGAAUUUUUUGAAUUUAUAAUCUAUGUUAAUCACAUGCUUGUUUGCAUGUGAAUCUAAGAUAGCACAUAUUAUUAUUCUAUACCAGGAGAGCCUGAAGUUGUAUGAAGUGAAUGUAACCAGAGACUAGUGAGAACUCUUAUAUUGCCUUUUACGAAUGAAAAGAAUUACCACAUAUAUAUAUAAACCUGGAAUGGCAGGAGAAAGUAUAUACAUUUUUUCCCUUGGAUUAUUGACAUACCUAGGCUCUGAUUCCUAUAUACUGCAGUAGGCAGAUCUUAUACAAUAAUUGGUUUCAUUCUUGUCUUCAAUAAAGUAUCUUCAUUAGCUGAGUUGUGUCCAAGAUUCUACCACAGACUAAACUGUUAAAUGCUGAAAAAAAAAAGCUUUGAAAGCUGGAGAGCCAAGGGUUGUUGUUAUUUUGAGCUGAAAGAUUAUAUUAUGAGUGUAUAAAGCUUCUAAAAGUGUUUGGUGAAGUCUACCUUGUACAUCAGAAGGUUAUCACAAAAUUGUAAUGCUUUAAUAUGAUAGAGAAGAAACUAAUUAAACACAGGGAAUUAAUCAUGUAUACUGUAUACAUUUCUUUUAUUAAAACUAAAUUGUCAUUAAA